CCUAAGAAGCUUAAUUAAAGAUCUGGAAGACAAUUAGACGGUUAUAGAAGGUUUAUGACCUUUAAAAACAGGAGAGCCAGUUGACUUUUUGGGCAAGAUUGACAAAUUAGAAACUGGGAGACCCAGUGGGAUUGUUGGGAUUAUGAGAUCCGGUUUUUCGCGGAGUCACGUGCACAUGAGUGCCGUGUUUCGGCAUUCCUAAAGCUGUGUGAUCUCAUCACCGCCUGAAUGACCCGGAUGACCCCAGACCUGGGUCAGCUGUGUCAGGGCUGAGCUCACCAUCCACCCAGGACUUUGGGUAACGAGUCGCGACAUCACCGAGACCUCACGCCACUGAACAGCGGACAAAAAGUCAACAGAGGCAACAGAGACAAGGAAAGAACAGCAUUGUAGAGGUCUGUUUUAGUACUUUGUGGGUGUCUGUAGCAGAGCUCUAUGGGAUAGCAAAGGUCUAUGGUCAUGCAUGUAGCCUUGCGCAAAAGGAGAUGGGAGGACCGGGUGACCCUGCUUUCAAGAAAACAGUACAGCUAUGAUGACCUCGACCUGGAUUGCUGCGAUGCUGUAGCCAUUGGCGGUAAUGGCUCAGAUAGAGGGCGAGGCCAUCGAGAAAGAUGUGCAUCAAUGCCAGAAUGUUACCACCAGCCCAAGAUUGAAAGUUGUCUAGAAGAAGAUGACGAUAAAGGUGCUCAAGGGAACAAGAAGAAGACGGCUAUACCUGGAUUUAAUGAUGUAGGACCUUCUAGCUUUGAGGAUAUUAAGGGAACAUCAAUGACUGACAAAUCUUCUAACCAAUCACCAAACAGCACUGCAGGACAGAACUCUGGACUAAACCAGUUGGCUUCUAUGUCCAGUCUUGUUUUCGGUAAAGAUCAUGAACAUGUUAAUAUGAUAAAAAAGGAAGAGAAUGCCAGAAAUAGUAAUAAUAAUAUCAUCCCGAAAGAGGAAUUCAAGAAAGUAGAGGGAGAAAAUCAAGACACAGAGAUGACUAAACUGGAGGAUGAAGAAGAUGGUGCUGCAAUAGACACUGCUGGAGAUACUAUGGCAGAGCAAGAAGGAGCCUUGCCCAAGGGUACAUCUAAGGAGGCUUUACCUGUGCCACUCUCAUCUGAGGAACAGAUUACAGAAGAUGGUAUUGAUAGUAUUUCAAAUAGUGACCUGAUCAUUGAGAUAAAGUCUGAGGUUGUGGAUUUUGCUCAGGUUGAAGUUCUUGAACAUGUUAAUAUGAUAAACAUGGAAGACAAUGCUAGUAAUAAUAAUAUCUCCACAUUUACGGACCCAUUUUCUGAAAAGCUUCUAGAGUUAGAGGUCAAGGAAGUGGAUUUCUGUAAAAUAGCCGAGACCAUGGACAGCAGUUCCUCCAAAAACGACUGUUUGGAAAUCAUCCCAAAAGAGGAAUUCAAGAAAGAAGAGGGAGAAAAUCAACUGGAAGACGGAGAUGAUGGUGCUGCAAUAGACACUGCUGGAAAUACUGUGGCAGAGGAAGAAGGAGCCUUGCCCAUUGGUACAUCUAAGGAGGCUUUACCUGUGCCACUCUCAUCUGAGGAACAGAUUACAGAAGAUGGCAUUGAUAGUAUUUCAAAUAGUGACCUGAUCAUUGAGAUAAACUCUGAGCUUGUGGAUUUUGCUCAGGUUGAAGUAAACACGGAAGUGAAUGGCAGUAAUAAUAAUAUCUCCACAUUAAUGGACCCAUUUUCUGAAACGGUUCUGAAGUUAGAGGUCAAGAAAGUGGAUUUCUUCAAAAUAGCCGAGACCAUGGACAGCAGUUCCUCCAAAGUCGACUGUUCAGAGGUCAUCCCAAAAGAGGAAUUCAAGAAAGAAGAGGGAGAAAAUCAACUGGAAGACGGAGAUGAUGGCACUGCAAUAGACAGUGCUGGAAAUACUAUGGCAGAGCAAGAAGGAGCCUUGCCCAAGGGUACAUCUAAGGAGGCUUUACCUGUGCCACUCUCAUCUGAGGAACAGAUUACAGAAGAUGGCACUGAUAGUAUUUCAAAUGGUGACCUGAUCAUUGAGAUAAAGUCUGAGGAUGUGGAUUUUGCUCAGGUUAAAGUUCCUAGCUUAGAUUCUAGUGUCUCAAACUGUAUUGAACAUGACAAACCAGAAAGUGAGCAGGUUGUCACCAAUGAAGAGGUAAAUGCAUCAACGGCACAUGAGUCGUCUCCUUGCUCGUUGGAAUUCUGCAGCAAUUCUACCAAGCUUAGAGACUGCCACACCAAACUGGACCCAAUCCUGGAGAUAACCUGUAACCCAGUGUUGGCAGAAGAGCCAAACCCCCCUGAUUCAUUAAAGUUCUCGUAUUCCAAGAGUGCUGAAAUCAUUCCCCAAAACAAAGACUUGCUCCAAAGUUCCACAGGGGGGGCAGUUGAGUCAGGAUCUCUGGACAGUUUCCAAAACAACAAUGUCAAAAAGCUCCAAACAGAUGACGAGUCUUCUUCGGAAGGUAUGCAAGCCUUCCAGUCAAAGGGACACAAAGGGAAUUGGCAGUCAAGUCCAAAUAUGGACAAGGAUGAUGAGGUGGCUAGGAAGUCGAAAUCUCAGGAGCCUCCAGUCAAGCUUCGGGCACGUAAGAGUUCUCGAGAGGACAAAGAGAGGGAACGGUCUCAGUUGGACUCUAUGAUUCUGCUCAUAAUGAAGCUCGAUCAGCUAGAUCAGGAGAUCGAGAACGCUUUGAGCUCCGCCUCCUCGCCCAAGGACACGCCCACAACAAAUAAACGCUUCGUUUCGGAAGUGGAUUUGGUGUCGUUGAACGGGGAUGGAAGUCUCGCCGGUUCAUUGAAUUCACUCAACACUUCUCAUCACCACUCAUUAUCGUCUCUGUGUUCCACCAAGAACAGGAUCUCUGCUGCAUUAACGGAGACAGACAGGGCAGAAAUCGAGGCUAAGGAGGCGUGUACGUGGCUCCGUGCAGCUGGUUUCCCGCAGUACGCUCAGCUCUAUGAAGAUGGCCAGUUUCCAAUGGAGAUUUCCUCAGUCACCAGGGAUCACGACUUCCUGGACCGAGAUGCCAUUGAAGCACUUUGCAGGAGACUGAACACUCUCAACAAGUGUGCCAUGAUGAGACUCGAGAUCACUCCUCAGAGAAAGAGGAGCGAGGACUCCGAUGAAGACGAGCCCUGUGCCAUCAGUGGCCGUUGGACCUUCCAGCGGGACAGCAAGCGUUGGUCACGCCUAGACCAAAUGGACCUGGAUGUCUUCAGCCCUCCUGCAGGGGAUGCUGUUUGCACGUCCCCCUUCCUCGGCUCUCAGGAUCAGCGUCUGCCCGGAGGCGUCCUAUUCCGGGAGCGAGUUGGCGUGAGUGCUGAGAGUGUGCUGACGGAGCUUAGCGAGCAGCCGGAGGUGGAAUCAUUGCACAGCACAGAGAGCGUUGGCCGUAGAGGAUUGCGUAGCAUAACCGUCCCAUCCAGCCCUGCUACCACCAAUUCUAACGUUCCUACAGCCUCUACUACACGUGCUAGCUCUGUUGCAAGCGUAUGUUCUUCUGGGACUUCUGGCGCCAACGAAGAUUCGCUUUCUGAUGGGAUUCCGUCGCCACUCGAACAAGGAAGCUUUACGUUUGAUGCCAGGAUCUUGGGGGGCAGUAAAAGCACACGGUCACGGGCCAAGAGCUUCUUAAAGCGCAUGGAGAGCCUGCGACUGCGCAGUAGUAGCACCUCUUUGAAACGCAAAAAGAAGGGCGUGAGCACUGGCAGACUGGAGAUUAGUGGCCCGGUGUUAAAGGAAGGCUUUGACGAGGACAAACUGCGACAGCUCAACUGUGUUGACAUUGCGACACUGGAGCGCAGCAGGGACAACAACCGUAGUAUUUCCUACUCUACUCAAACGAGCAGUGGAAGCACAGGCAGCAGCCAAUCAGAGACAAGCAGCGGAAGUACUGUGAGCACUCCUAGUCCAGUCACGAGGGCACGCAGCCACAGCGCUGCCGCUGGCUCCAUUAAACGUGUGGGAAUGUACCUGGAAGGGUUUGACCCGUUCAGCCUCGUGCAGGAAAAUGAAAACCCGCCGAACCUCAACUGUGGAAGAAGGGCGGAGCCGAGUAUCACCUCUGAGAACAACCGGCGAAACCGUAAAAGGACGGAUGAGAGGAAGGUGGAAGAUAAGAAAAUCGAGGAGGAAGGUGGGGUGAUAUACUUCUACCUUCCUGAUGGUCACAAGCCGGGAACCUUUCCUAAAUUGCUCGCCGAUGGUGGUCCCAUAAACCAUCGCCAAGGUUCCUCCGCGUCUCUGGACAGUCGGUUGAGCUUUUACGACAACGUACCCUUCUCUGAAGAGUUAGACGAAAACGAGGAACCAGCAGGGAACGACGACCCGAAGAUCAAGAAUGUCCUAGAGAGAGUUACCGGCCUACAGCAACUGGUCAGCGCAUGGACGGAAUCGGCCCCCGGCGAGGACGAAGAGGAUGAAGAGGAAGGAGACUCGGACUCGGCUUUGGAUUCUGCCUCUCCUUGUCCUUCGUCGCCACUGCAGAACCGAUUGAUGGAAACGGAGAAUGGGAGCGACCAGGAGAGCACGGGGAACCCUCUAGGGGAGCAGGAUGAUGCUGUGAGCGCCAGAGAGAGGCGAGACUCCGGCGUGGGAGCGUCGCUUACACGUACCUGCAGGCCUCAGAAACUUCGCUGGCCCAGUUUCCAAAACUCUCACCGUCCAAGUGUGUCGUCAUCGCCCCUGCAGCUUGGCUGCCAGUCGGUACUGCAGAUGAAUCUGCUGCAGAAAUACAGUCUGCUCAAACUCACAGCACUGCUGGAGAAACACACACCUACCAACAAACACGGCUUCAGCUGGGCUGUACCGAAGUUUAUGAAGAGGAUGAAGGUGCGAGACUCAAAGGAUCGAAGUGUGUUUGGUGUAGCGCUACAGGUAAACGUACAGAGAAGCGGACAGCCAUUACCACAAGGAAUACAACAAGCCAUGCGCUACCUGCGGAACCAUGGCCUUGACCAGGUGGGUUUGUUCAGAAAAUCCGGGGUUAAAUCCCGCAUUCAGGCUCUACGCCAGAUGAACGAGUCGUGCGGCACGGAAGGGGGUGGAGUCAGCUACGAGGGCCAGUCAGCUUACGACGUGGCGGACAUGCUGAAGCAGUAUUUCAGAGAUCUACCGGAACCUCUGUUCACCAGCAAACUGUCCGACACCUUCCUCCAGAUCUACCAGUUUAUCCCGGAGGAGCAGCGGGUGCAGGCGGUACGAGCUGCAGUGUGUUUGUUACCUGAUGAGAGUCGGGAAGCGUUACACACCUUGCUGUGUUUCCUGAGUGAUGUAGCGGCGAGCGUCAGUGAGAAUCAGAUGACCUGCACUAACCUGGCUGUGUGUCUCGCACCGUCACUCUUCCACCUUAACACCGCCCGCCGGGACGCCUCCUCACCCAGGGUAAUGAGCAGGAAGAACACACUGGGUAAACCAGAUCAAAGAGACCUGAACGAAAACCUCGCUGCCACACACUGCCUCACACACAUGAUCCAGGAGUGUGGACGACUCUUCCAGAUCCCGGAGGAGGUCUCUCGCUGUAGGAACUCGUACAUUGAGCAGGCGCUGAUCCCGCCGAGGAUUGAGGAUCUACUGGACGGCUCCUGCACCUACAGAAACCUGGUUAAAGAGAGCAUGGAUGCUCUGCUGAAAGAGGCGAAAGAAAAGUUCAGGGGUUACGAUACCUGUUCAACACCCGAACAUGCCGAGCUUGCCUGUAAAAAGGUGCAUGACGGCUGGUCCCUUCGGCAGUGGAAGGUCUGCGUGGAGGUGGCGGCGGGACCGGACGAAAUUCUGCAGCGGAUCCUUCGCGAGCAGGACCGCUGGGAUGAGGAUCUGCUGGAGAGUCGAGUGAUCGAGACGCUCGACACCGACACCGAUGUCUACCAGUACAUCCGGAACAGCAUGGCACCUCAUCCACCUACCGACCACGUGGUGCUCAGGUCAUGGGUGACGGACCUCCCUAAGGGUGGCUGUGCUUGCGUCUGUGUGUCGGUGGAGCACGAGGCGGCGCCGGUGAUUGGCGUCCGCACCAACGUGAUAACGUCACGCUACCUCAUCGAACCAUGUGGACCAAACAAGAGUCGCUUAACGCACAUCUCCAGAACUGACUGCAGGGGUCGCUGUCCUGAGUGGUACAACAAGCUGUAUGGCCACCUGUGUGUUUCGGAACUGGUGCGAAUAAGGGAUUCUUUUACCUGCCCACUGGACAAAUAAACACACCCUCGGACAUUGUUCUUCUGGAGGACUGAAACAUCAGAGGAAAAGGAGGAUGAUGUUUAUACUUAUAUUAUUACCUAGUGACACACAGCAUGUCACAACUGGACAGUUAGAGACUGUGAUUAUGCUACCAGAGGACCACAGACCAAUGCAUAUAAGACACAAGGUCACAGUAAUGGCCUGAAAGACUGAAACGUCUGUGACUUCAUAUAUGAUGAUGAUGUCAUGGAUAGAUUUGCAAUGCUUCUGAGAAGCAAAAUAUGUGUGUGUGAGAGAGAUGUGAGGCAUUCCAUGUGUGUGUGCGUGUGUUUGGUCAGUUAUGUCUGUGUCUGCAUGGUUACUAAGCUCUUUCACUGUAUCUGCAUGUAUAACAGAAGAAUGAAUGACUGGGUGGAUGAUGGAUGAGUGGGUGGAUGGAUGAUUACACAGACGACUGUAUGAAUGGGUGUAAGAAUGGACGUGUGGAUGGACAAAUGGGUGGACGAUGCAUGGCCGUUUGUAUGUAAAUGAAAGGUAACGGAACUGAAUGCUGGUGGCUGGAACACCCUGAAAGUAAAGGAGAAGUGAACACGGGUUAGUAAAGUAUGGGUCCACGAUUCAGAAUUGUUUUUAGCGUUAAAAAAGGAUAUUAAUAUAUAAAAUAUAGAUGGUGAGAACACGGCUACAGUUUUAUCCUACCUAACAAACCUACUGCACAGCGACACACUUUUACGUUUAACUUUAAAGACUAAUAAACUCUAAUCUGAUCAUUUUACUGCACUAGCAAGUAAUUCUGCUUUGCAUCAAAAUGCUUACAGGAAUAUAAUACCUUUAAGAAUUAACUUCUACUGGCUUAUAUAAAGUACCCUUGCCAGUAUUUGUGUUUUUUUUCUUCUUUUGUCUGCUCCUGUAUGUAAGGGUCACCAAGCACAACUGGUACAGUUUCUAUUCCGGAUGCCCUUCCUAAUUCAAACCUUCUAUUUCUAUAUGAGCCAAUCCAAUGCAGGCUUCAUACCCAGGUAUAGCCAAUCAUGUCUGCGUAGACACCCAGCUGGUUGAUAGCUCAGCUAAAUUAUUUUUUUUACAAAUGAAGGUUUAAAAUUAGUACUACAUUAUGCUUAAUGUCUUACAAUCAAGUCUUAGUAUUUUAUGAGAAUUAUUACAGAAUAAUUAAGGUAAGUUUGUAUUAAAGUCUAACCUUUAAGAAAUAAUUAUUAUUACUUUAUUUAAAGGGUAAAAUAAUCAUCAUGCUAGUCGCCACUACUUUAGCUUCAUAAAGACACCGUGUAGCAGUUCUUGAUGGUGGAUUCAGACUUUUGUACCUGACUGUAUGUUGUGAUGGACCAAAGCUACAGAGUUUUCUUUAAAAAAGAAAAUUAAAUGAUUGAUAGAUGAUAAAAGAAGAACUUGUUAGACGUGUUAAUGGAAACGUUUGGAGAGAGAGAUUCUGUUUUAAAGGAGAAAAGUGAUUGUUUUUCUUUCUUUCAUGGACAGUGUUAACCUAAAUGAAGUAUAACUACAGAUAUUAAACAAUAAACACUUUCACUUACACUAAUAUUGUAUAAAUCUGCAACAUAUCUUUUACCCUUUAAUGAAAAUCAUUUCAUUUUCAUAUAUUACCACUGCUUUAUCCUGUUCAGGGUUGCGGUUGGUCAGUUUUUCCUGGAAUCACAGGGCACUAUGCACACACUUCAGACAGGACGCCAAUCCAUUUCGGGAUCCUCACUUUAGGCACAACCAAUCAUGUCUGUUUGUAGACGCCUGGCCUUCUUUUACCUUUUUUUCAAUUUGAAAGAAACGCUAUUGGAAAUUUUAAAAUAAAAAACACUAAAAAAUACCAAACUAUUCAUCAUAUAUAUGAACACCCCCCCCCCCCCCCCCCCCCCCAGUGUUGUUAUUUUCUGUCUCUGUCCGAGCUGCUCUCGUGCCGUAAACGUGUACGUACGUUUGGAACCUGCAUGACUGAACGUUAAUUUAAAGCUUUGUGUAUUUAAAGCAGAUAUAUUGAGUUGUUUUUUGUAUCCCAUGGUAUUGUAAAUGUUACUUCUCUAUGUUACAGAAAUGAGAAAAUGUUUUAUCUUUUUUAUUAUUAAUAUUAUGUCUGUACAGAUUAAUCAGGAAGUGCACUAUUAAACAUAUUCAGAGAAUUAAAA